CUCCACCGCAUCGCACGAAAAGCACCGACCUUUUUUUCAGCCGAGACACGAUGAUCCACCGCCAUUAGCAGCGGCGGGGGAAGUGGCGACCGAUCUUCCGUGGCCAGCGCGCGCGCGCUCGCUCUCGCCGGAUCGGGCCGGAAAAAUGGCGCGCGCGGUCUCCCUGUCGGCGCUCUGUCUCCUCCUCGCCGCCGCCGCCGCCGCCGGAGCUCGAGUGGACCCGAUUUAUUCUGGCAAACUGGUGCUGGACUGGAGCAAGGAACCCAAGUUUAAACUGCAGAAUUUCUCCCUGAAUCGAGAGGACAAUCUUCAGCUCCUAAGCAGGUCACGAGAUGUCACUCGCAGGAAAUUGGGGGAGAGGACCGGUGUAAUAAAGAUGGAAACAGUACAGCAGGAUGAUGAAGCCCUAGUUAAACUUGAGAAUGCAGGUUUUGAGCGUUCGAAAGCAGUUGAUUCUGCUGUGCUGGGAAAAUAUAGUCUAUGGAGACGCGAAAAUGAAAACGAGAAGGCGGAUGCAAAUGUUCGUCUGAUGCGGGACCAAAUGAUCAUGGCCAGAAUAUAUUCCGUGCUCGCCAAAUCCAGGGACAAGCUCGAUCUUUAUCGGGAGCUACUCGCCAGGAUCAAGGAAAGCCAGCGCUCCCUUGGGGAAGCUACUGCUGAUGCUGAUCUCCCUAAGAGUGCUUCUGAGAGAGCAAAAGCAAUGGGUCAAGUUUUAUCAAAAGCAAGGGAUCAAUUGUAUGAUUGCAAGGAAAUUACCCACCGUUUAAGAUCGAUGCUUCAGUCAGCUGAUGAGCAGGUCCGGAGCUUAAAGAAGCAGAGCACCUUCCUCAGUCAGUUGGCAGCUAAGACAAUACCGAAUGGCAUACAUUGCUUGUCCAUGCGCUUAACAAUAGACUAUUACCUUCUCUCUCCAGAGAAAAGAAAGUUCCCUAAUAGCGAGAAUUUGGAAGAUCCUGACCUUUAUCACUAUGCUCUUUUUUCGGACAAUGUUCUGGCAGCAUCAGUUGUGGUUAACUCAACCAUCGUGAACGCAAAGGAGCCUGAGAAGCAUGUCUUUCAUCUUGUUACUGACAAACUGAACUUUGGGGCAAUGAACAUGUGGUUCUUGUUGAAUCCACCUGGGGAUGCCACAAUCCAUGUUGAAAAUGUGGAUGACUUCAAAUGGUUGAACUCUUCGUACUGCCCUGUUUUGAAGCAGCUCGAGUCUGCAGCCAUGAAAGAGUACUACUUUAAGGCAGAUCGUCAAAAAACUCUCUCUGCUGGGUCCUCUAAUCUGAAGUACCGAAACCCAAAAUAUCUGUCCAUGCUCAACCAUCUAAGAUUUUACCUGCCGCAAGUCUAUCCUAAGUUGAAUAAAAUCCUUUUCCUCGAUGAUGACAUUGUGGUCCAGAAGGACUUGACUGGACUGUGGGAGGUUGAUCUUAAUGGGAAUGUAAAUGGUGCUGUGGAAACAUGUGGGGAGAGUUUCCACCGAUUUGACAAGUACCUCAAUUUCUCAAACCCAAAUAUUUCGCAGAAUUUUGAUCCUAAUGCAUGUGGUUGGGCUUAUGGAAUGAAUAUAUUUGAUCUGGAGGAAUGGAAGAAGAAGGACAUUACUGGAAUUUACCAUAAGUGGCAGAACAUGAAUGAAAACAGGCUGCUGUGGAAACUGGGGACGCUCCCGCCAGGCCUGAUGACUUUCUACAAGCUGACGCACCCCCUGGACAAAUCAUGGCAUGUGCUUGGGCUAGGGUACAACCCGACGGUCGAGCACGCGGAGAUCGACACCGCCGCCGUCAUCCACUACAACGGGAACAUGAAGCCGUGGCUGGAGAUUGCGAUGACCAAGUACCGGCCUUACUGGACGCAGUACAUCAACUACGAGCAUUCCUAUGUCCGGGGCUGCAAGAUCAGUCAAUAGGUAGUAGCUAGAGAAGCACUCGCUUCGACAGGACUAAGAAAGGAAGUGUUUCCCUGUUGCUAGUACAGUUAUAGCGCAUGUUCUUCGUUUGUGUUAUUAGAUUUGGUUUGGCUGGUAUCUUUUCUGCUGUAUGUAGAUUCCUCGCUCAAUUUGUUGUGCUGCGUCGACUAGUCCGCUGCGGCAUGAUGUUAAUGUUACUCUCCUGAAAAGAAUGGUGAACUUGGUGACACAUGUGAGGAAUAUCAAUAGCAUUGCCCACAACUGUGCUCACCAGGUUCUCAAUUCAAGAAUAGAACCUGUUUUUAGUUGUACAAAUUCAGCUCAUUCCCCUUGUCCUUCUA